AUGGCGGAACCGCUAUGGUUUUGGGUACUUGGUUGGUUUCUUUCCAUUACGACCAUGACUGGAAAUGGAUAUAUUAUUUUACUCGUGAGCAGCAAACGGCAGCUUAGAACCAAAACUAACGCGUUUAUCGUUUCGCUGGCAGUGGCCGAUUUCUGUGUCGGGCUUAGCGUGAUUCCUUCCCUGUUUCUCUGUGAGGUAACAAGAAGCUGUAAAAGGCCUCAAACACCGUGUUUCUUGUGGGCUCAGAUUGUACGAUGGAUAUUCAGUGACGUGUCCAUAACGAACUUGUGCAGUUUGGUAGUGGAUCGCUACAUCGCCAUUGUGCGGCCCCUAAAAUACGUAACAUUCAUGACGCGCCGACGUGUAACUGAAAUGAUUUUGUUUUCUUGGAUGUUCACAAUUAUUUUUGUUUUGAUCGAGUCAUCAUUGUUGCUAAGUUUUGAGACCCCACUUGUCUCCAAACUCUUUACUUGCUUAGUUACGAUAUUUUUUCAUCUCCUUCCGUGUCUUAUGCAGGUAUUUUGCUUUGCCUCGAUGGUGCGUAUUUUGUACAAGCACAAAAGAGCAUCUCGAUCUUUAGCAAGACAGUUGGGUUUUAACCACAGAGUUUUGCUUAAACCUCACGAGAAGUCUGCAGUUGUAAUGAUGACAAUUGUCGUGGGCUUGUUUAUUGUUUGUUAUGUAAUGUAUAUGCGCUGUGGUUUUGCUAUAAUCUUCCAUAACCGAACAUCUUGUAACGAUUCCACAUAUAAAAUACCUGUGCUCGUUUUAAACUCUGCCGUUAAUCCCUUGGCGUACGCCUUCUUCAAAAGAGACAUAAAGAGAGAGUUAAUUAAAAAGCUAACUUGC